AUGUUGCGACUACAAAAGCAAAUGGAAUUGGAAUUGUUCGCAAAAGAAAUUCAUUCCCAACUUCACAUAAAAUGCCAUCAAUUUCCAUUCAAUUUCAUCCCUUAUUGGAUUGUGAUCAUAACAUUUAGAUUUAAUGGCAGAGUUGUUGUUGUUUGCAAGUUAAUGAAAUGGAAAGAAGAAGAGAAGGCUGAGAGGUUGAGUAGAAUUCGCAGAGAUUGUGCAGUUUCAGUUUCUCAUGUUUCUUUAGACAAGCUAAUUAAGAAAUGGAAAAUUGAGUUUGCUGGCUCGCAACAGCACUUUUCAAAACAAUCAACAGCUGUCGAAGAAGAGAAAUACUCAGAUGGUAAAGAUGCAAGUCUUCAAUGCACGAAUUUUUCACAAACGUUUGAAGUUUCGCCUUUUCUCCUCUUAAUUAUGAUUUCAAAGGCAUAUAAAAGUUGA